AUGGCAAAUACAUCCUCAAUGCUGUCAAUAGAACAAUAUCAUGAUAUUUGUCCUGAAGAUAUUACUAACUGCACAAGUGUAGCUGUUUCUAACAUUGGAAGUAGUUGUAACGAAUCAAGAACAUUAAAUGAUUUACAAUGUUUUGUAUGUGAUGCAAAAAUUCAGGGUCGUCAUUAUGCAUUGGCUACAUGUAGAACUCAAACAUCAAGAUCUAAAGUAAUUGAAAAACUUGGAGAAUUAGUUGGUGAUAGAUACAUGGUAGUAAUAUCAGAAGAUGAUGUAAUUUGUCGAAGUUGUGCUAAUCUCAUUAAUACGCUUGAUCGGCUCGAAGUUGAAACAUAUAGCUUGCGCGAUAAUAUCUUACGAUUCUUGGAACACAAAUAUUCCUUGGAAGAAGGAGAACUUCUUGGCAAUAAUGAAAAGCAAAAGCGUUCGCAACCACCACAAAUCACAAAAUGUAACAAUCAAAUUGUAACUAAUUGUCAGGGUAAAAAACAGGAUGUUAUUCUAUCUUCACAUGUUACUGAGAAAGCCAAAGACAAAAGAAGUAAUAUUUGGUUGCAAUGUGAUAAAUGUCAGUAUACGACACUUCAUAAUUCAUUUAUGGUACAUCAUGUUAGAGGUCACAACAAACAGAAAAUAUUUUGUGAUAAGUGUGGGAUACAGUUUCUUGGAACUCAGCAAGAAUCCCAUAAUUGUAAUUUAAAAGACUCUUUAAAUAAUCAAGAUAGAAUUAAAGAUGAGCAAGCAGAAUCAUCUAUGAAAUGUAUUAAUGAAACUGUAAUGGAUAUUCCAAUUUUGGAAAAAACGAUACAACAAACUGUACCAAUUAUGACCAUUGAAACGUAUACGGAAUCACACAUUUCAAAUCACAAUGAAAGUAUGCCUAUAAUAAGAUUAUCAAAUUCAGAAAACUUACCCAUACAAAAUAUUUUAACUUCUGAUAGUAGUUCUGCAACUAAUCAGCCAAUAUAUGUACGUGUUUUACAACCCAUUGAAAUUAAUGAAACACCAACACAUUCUACAAUGAUGACUGUAUCAAAUUCUGAUACAGAUCUAGCAAUGAAACUUAAAGACAGUUCAGGAAAACAAAUUUUAACAUUGACAGAAGAUGGAAAUUUGGAAAUGACAGAAGUAGCUUGCUGGAAUGAUUUAUAA